UUCUAUGCACGGAACGCGUAUUUUGUUUUCGCGCCAAAAGUUUUUCGACGGAAAUUAAUAAACCGCGAAAAAUUGAUACAGAUAAAAGUAGUGUUUUGUUUUUUGAGAAGAAUAAAUAACUUUAGUGUUAGUUGAAUUGUGUGUGUUUUUGGAAUAAAUAUGUAACAACGAAGAUAAUAACGGAGCGGCGAUAGUGCAACCUCUUUCUUUCGCUUCAUUUUAAAAAGUGUUCGAUUUUAUAAUCUGUGUUCUGUGCUGUCAGUUUGAAAAAAAAAUUGUGUUGUUUGCCAGUUUGAAAAAGGAAUCUAUUUUUAAAUAGUGUGAAAACUUUUUAGUUUUAAACAAAUUCGUUUGACAGUUAUUAGUGUAUUGUGCGUGUGUGUGUAUAAUGUCAGAGUAUGGGUGAGCCAACCAUACAUAAGACCUGCGUUCGGGUUAACUCAGCUGACGACAGCUCGAGGGACGAAGUCGACCAUGACUUGCCAAAGAGGAAUCCUUUUAUACGGGGCUCCGACCCGCGCAUCGCGACGUGCCGCGGCCGGCUGCAGACUCGCCGCUGCCAACUCAACCAGGAGAUUAAUAAGGAACUGCGCUUGAGGGCUGGCGCUGAGAAUUUAUUUAAGGCAACAACGAACAGAAAACUGCGUGAGACAGUCGCCUUGGAGCUUAGCUUCGUGAACUCAAACUUACAGCUGCUGAAGGAGCAACUAGCCGAGUUGAACUCAUCUGUGGAAUUAUACCAAAACGAUAGCAAAGAAUGCGUCAUGCCAAUGAUACCUCUGGGUCUCAAGGAGACAAAAGAAGUGGACUUCAGAGAGCCGUUCAAAGACUUCAUCUUAGAACAUUAUAGUGAAGAUGCGGCGACUUAUGAAGAUGCCAUCUCGGAUUUUAUGGAUAUGAGACAGGCUAUAAGAACCCCAGUCCGUUCAACAGCGGGUGUAGCUCUGCUUUUCAAAUACUACAACCAGCUGUACUAUAUCGAGAGGCGGUUCUUCCCGCCUGAUAGAUCUCUGGGCGUUUACUUCGAGUGGUUCGACUCUUUGACAGGAGUACCCUCAUGUCAAAGGACGGUUGCAUUUGAGAAAGCAUGCGUACUGUUUAACAUUGCUGGAAUAUACACACAGAUUGGAGCUAAACAGGACCGUCAAACGUGCGCAGGCCUGGACGGAGCAGUGGACGCUCUGCUCCGAGCAGCGGGCACACUGCGCUACAUACACGAGAACUUCACCAACGCGCCCUCCGUCGACCUCGCCGCGCACACGCUGCUCGUGCUCGGCACGCUCAUGACUGCACAAGCCCGCGAAUGUCUCUUCGAGAAGCUACAACUCCAAGCACGUGAAGCUUGUAGCGGCCGUGAUAGAGAGUUACGUGACGAUUUGCACAUGUGCCUCGACCUUGCACAGGAGAGCGCACAGCUUGCACAUACUUAUAGACAGCUGUAUGAUAAGAUGCAAACCGACGGUGUAUUCAACUACGUGCCCUACUCCUGGGUGUCCCUUGUUCACGUGAAGUCAGAGUUCUACAAAGCAUUAGCCCAUCAGUAUUGUGGAACGGGGCUCUUACACGCAAACACUCCGAGCCUUGCACGCGACCGCCUUGCUGCACUGUAUGCGACCGACUGCAACCAGAACGGUUCUCUAUCAACAUUCAAGUACGACGAGGACAUAGACCACGUGGCAUUAGGUCGAGCACACACGGCUGAAGCAUUAGCUUUGUAUGACGAAGCGUUACGAUUGCAGAGAAUGUGCCGUGAACUCCGCGAUAAGGAAGCGCUAGCGCUAGUGGUGUGCGCACACAGGGAGCGAGCCGCGCGCGACAAGCACGAGCCCGACUUCGCCGAGCUGCUCGACGUGCCCGACAUACUGCCGGCUUCAAAGUUCCAACUGGCGCUGACUCCCCCGGAUUUCUCCCUCCACCGAGUGGACGAUCUAUUCAAAUCCCUCGGCCCCAUAGCUAUAUUCUCAGCUAAACGACAUUGGUCGGCGCCUCGUUUACUACAACUACAAAAACACACAGAACGCAGACGGACAGACAGACAAAAAAAACGAGAUCGUUCUGAAGAUAAUAGUACCUAUUAUAAUAGAGAGGACUACGAAGUGACGAAAAAAAAUGGCGUCUACAUAAAUGGUUUUGAGGAUUAUCCAAAGAUUAUGGAAUAUAAGGGGAGGAGGAGGGAGUUGAGGAGAGUUGCGAGUGAAUAUAAUGUUAGUGAGGAGGGGUUCGGGUUUUCUGUGAGGGGGGGAGCUCCCGUUGUUAUAGCGGCGGUAGAACCGAACUCGUUGGCUGAUAUGGCCGGCAUGCGAGAAGGCGACUUCAUAAUCUCAAUAGGGGAUAAGGAUGUAAAGUGGAGUUCACACGAAGAAGUUGUUCAAUUGAUCCAACAGGCAGAGGAUUCGCUCACUUUGCGGCUAGCUACGCCUAUGGAUAAGAAUGCUGUUAAGGCGUCCCCGGACACCAGCAGACAGUCCAGUUCAACCAACGGCUCAGUAUCAGCAGCCUCCACCUCAAGCGGUUCGACCGCAGCCACAAACCGCUCCAAGCGCCUGCCCUCCUGGAACCCGUUCAGGCGACACUCCGCGAGGGAACAGCAAACUAAUGUCAUAUUCAGAUAGAAAUAAAUUAAAAAAAAACUGUGUUGUCUUUUAUUGCUGGCUAGUGACAGCGGGAAUUAAAAAUGUAGCUGUCAAGUUAUAGUUGGCGGGAAUAAAAAAAAUAUGUGUCGAUUUUUGUUAGACCGCGUUUCAGCUG